AUGACCGGAGAAAGCGACCACCUCGAGGUGAGUCUAACCGGAUACACGUUCUUGUUCUCGGGGACCAAAAUCGCCGACGGAUUCGGGAAAAUGGCGGUUACUUCCGUUGGGAUGAACACAGCUUGGGGACAGAUGAUGAGUCACAUCUCGCGAGACACGAACGAGCAGACUCCAUUGCAGUCUCGUCUCGAUAAGCUUACUUCUUCCAUAGGUAAAGUCGGUUUACUCGUAGCGUUCUUGGUUCUUCUUGUUCUGUUGGUUCGUUACUUCACGGGGAACACGACGGACGAGAGCGGUAAACGCGAGUUUAACGGGAAGAAGACGAAGAGCGACGAGAUCGUGAACGCGGUUGUUGAAAUGGUUGCGGCUGCGGUUACGAUCAUCGUUGUUGCGAUACCUGAAGGUUUGCCGUUGGCUGUGACGUUGACGUUAGCGUAUUCGAUGAAGAGGAUGAUGAAAGAUCAAGCUAUGGUGAAGAAGCUCUCUGCUUGCGAGACGAUGGGGUCAGCGACGACGAUCUGUACCGAUAAAACCGGUACGUUGACGCUUAACCAGAUGAAGGUAACCGAUUUCUGGUUCGGUUUGGAAUCAGGGAAAGCUUCUUCUUCGUCUCUGUCUGGGAAAGUUGUGGAGUUGUUUCGUCAGGGAGUUGCGAUGAACACUACAGGGAGUGUGUUCAAGGCUGAUUCGGGAUCGGAGUAUGAGUUUUCCGGUUCUCCGACGGAGAAAGCGAUUCUGAGCUGGGCGGUUGAGGAGUUGAAGAUGGAUAUGGAGGGAGUGAUCGGAGAACACGAUGUUGUUCAUGUGGAAGCGUUUAAUUCAGAGAAGAAGAGAAGUGGUGUGUUGAUGAAGAAGAAGAGAGGAGAAGGAAUCAGAGUUGUUCAUUGGAAAGGAGCUGCUGAGAAGAUUCUAGCAAUGUGUUCUACGUUCUACGAUGGAUCUGGAGUUGUGAGAGAGAUUGAGGAAGAUGAGAAAAUCAAAUUCGAGCAGAUUAUUCAAUCAAUGGCGGCUAAAUCUCUCCGUUGCAUCGCGUUUGCGUAUUCGGAAGACAACGGCGAGGAGACGAAGAAAUUAAGAGAAGAGAGACUGAGCUUACUCGGAAUCGUCGGAAUCAAAGAUCCGUGUAGACCUGGAGUGAAGAAAGCCGUCGAGGAUUGUCAAUUCGCCGGCGUGAGCAUCAAAAUGAUCACCGGAGAUAAUAUAUUCACGGCGAGAGCGAUCGCUGUUGAGUGCGGGAUCUUAACGCCGGAAGACGAGACGAACAAGGACGCCGUGUUGGAAGGAGAGGAGUUUCGAAACUACACUCAAUCGGAGAGGUUAGAGAAGGUCGAGAGGAUCAAAGUGAUGGCGAGAUCUUCGCCGUUCGACAAGCUCCUGAUGGUGAAAUGCCUGAAGGAGCUAGGUCACGUCGUGGCGGUCACCGGAGACGGAACGAACGACGCGCCGGCGUUGAAAGAAGCCGACAUCGGACUCUCGAUGGGGAUCCAGGGGACGGAGGUCGCGAAGGAGAGCUCCGAUAUCGUGAUCCUCGACGACAAUUUCGCCUCCGUCGCGACGGUUUUGAAAUGGGGGAGGUGCGUUUACAACAACAUCCAGAAAUUCAUCCAAUUCCAGCUCACCGUCAAUGUGGCGGCGCUCGUGAUCAAUUUCGUCGCGGCUGUUUCCGCCGGAGAGGUUCCGUUGACGGCGGUUCAGUUGCUGUGGGUGAAUCUGAUCAUGGAUACUCUCGGCGCGUUGGCUUUAGCUACGGAGAAGCCAACGAACGAUCUGAUGAAGAAGAAACCGAUCGGGAGAGUCGCGCCGUUGAUCACGAACGUCAUGUGGAGGAAUCUGUUGGCUCAGGCGUUUUACCAGAUCUCUGUGCUCUUGGUGCUUCAGUUUCGUGGGAAGUCGAUAUUCGGAGUGAGCGAGAAAGUGAAGAACACUUUGAUUUUUAAUACCUUUGUGCUGUGUCAAGUGUUCAACGAGUUUAACGCGAGAAGUCUGGAGAAGAAGAAUGUGUUCAAGGGAAUACACAAGAACAGGCUCUUCAUUGGGAUUAUAGUGGUGACUGUGGUUUUACAGGUUGUGAUGGUUGAGUUUCUCAAGAGGUUUGCUGAUACGGAGAGGCUGAAUCUGGGACAGUGGGGAGUCUGUGUGGCGAUCGCGGCCUUGUCGUGGCCGAUCGGAUGGGUGGUGAAGUCGAUUCCGGUGCCGGAGAAGCACUUCUUUAGCUACCUGAAAUGGAAGAAAAGAUCUUGA